UUCAGUGCAUGGCUUCAGUGAGUUAACAGUCAGUUAAAUAUAAUAAAACAUGUUUAUAGAAAUCAUAUUCGUCGCGGUAAUUUGUGCUAUAGCUUAUAUGAAAUGGAUAAAUACUUAUUGGAAGCGUCGCGGACUUAUUCAAAUCGAACCAGACCUAUUUUUCGGAAAUGUCCGCAAAACCAUUUUCGGAGACACGUCUCUAUCAACCAGCGUACUACAAAGAUACAACACUUUCAAGGUGGCCAAUUCAAAACACGGCGGCAUAUACAUCUUUACCAACCCAGUCUACAUGCCAAUCGAUCCAGCUAUAAUUAAGAAUAUCAUGCUAAGAGACUUUAGCCAUUUCGUGAAUCGAGGAAGCUAUCACACACCCGAAGACAUUUUGAGUAUGAAUCUGGUCAACAUGGAGAAUGAGGCUUGGAAGAAUCUUCGAGCCAAGUUAACUCCUACCUUUACCUCGGGUAAGAUGAAGAUGAUGUUCGAGACGUUGGUAGAGAAAACUGGAGGUUUGGAGAAAGCAUUCGGCGAAUACGCUGAUUCUUUGGAGCCUUGUGCUGUUAAAGAUGUGCUGGGACGCUUCACUACAGAUGUUAUCGGAAGUUGCGGUUUCGGAAUUGAAUGUAAUUCCUUGGAGGACCCUGAAAAUAUCUUUAGAAAAGUCGGCAAGAGGGUGAUAGAACCCAAACUUAGCAAGUUUAUCUUUACUUCCCUUUUCCCUUGGAGGUUGCUAGGUAAAUUAAAAUACAAAAGAUCCGGAAAUGCGGUUGCAAACUUCUUUAUAAAUCUCGUCCAAGACACGAUAAAACACAGAGAAUCUAACAGGAUAUACAGAAAAGAUUUCAUGCAGCUGCUGUUAGAGUUGAAGAAUACUGGAACCGUCAGUGAUAACUCCGAAUAUAUCUCUCAAAAAUCAACUCGGGUAACCAAACAAGGAAUAUCAGUCAAUGAAAUAAUAGCCCAAUGCUUUAUAUUUUUCGUGGCGGGUUUUGAAACUUCCUCCACCGCUAUGACGUUCGCUCUUUUAGAACUAGCUCAAAACCAAGAUAUCCAAAACAAACUGCGAAAGGAAAUCGAGGAUGUAUUACUGGUACACGAUGGAAAAGUAACAUAUGAAGCAGUAAUGGAAAUGAAAUAUUUAGACAUGGUUGUCAACGAGGCAAUGAGAAAAUAUCCUCCAGUACCAGUUAUUUCUAGAAUGUGCAAUAGAAGAUAUGAAGUGCCUGGUACAGACGUAGUCAUUGAAAAAGGCAUUCGCGUUCAUUUUCCGGUUUAUGGUCUUCAUAGAGAUCCAGAUUAUUAUCCAAAUCCGGAAGUUUUCAAUCCCGAGAAUUUUAGUGAAGAAAAUAAGGCUAAAAGACCCGAAUUCACGUUCUUACCAUUCGGGGAGGGACCAAGAAUGUGUAUAGGUUUAAGAUUUGGUUUAUUACAAGCAAAAGUUGGACUGAUCAGCGUCAUAAGAAAUUUUAACUUUACACUGAGCAAACGGACACAGUUUCCAUUGAAAAUGGAAAAAACUAGUACUGUUUUGUCAGUGAAAGGAGAAGUAUGGUUGGACGUUAAAAGAAUUUUAAAAUAACUAAAUUUUAUUUUAAUUGAAUAUUAUAUUGAAUAUAAUUAAUUUGGAUUAACAUUAAACUAGGUACAUUGUGUAGAUUGAAAAUUAAUAAUAAAAUAAGGAAGGCUUGUCUUGUGUUGACA